AUGGCGGCUCCAGCACCAUAUAGCGAGCCUUCCGGCAUCGGUCUCCACGCCAAUGAUGCGAGCACUGUCACUACGGUGACAAUUGCGCUUAUGGCUGCGACCAGCGAGAAGAACGCGCUUUCACUCGCACCUUCUGGAUUUGUGGACGAAAUAUAA